UUGUAUUUGUGGUGCAAUCUCGUUCAAUUCAGCGCUAUACAUUGGUCACUUCCAUGAAUAUUUUCUACAUAGACUGCGGUUGACUGGUAAGAGACGCCAACCGCAGCAGCGAGGAGCUGGAUCAAUUGCGAUUCAAUCUUCGGAAGGAAGCCUCUUGCUGGAAUUUCACGAGUUGCGGAUUAGAGAAAGGUAGCUGAUGCAGACAAGACUGACACUGCUAAUUCAGAACUUCUCGUUUAAUUCACAUACUGAAUAUUCGAUUAUGGGAACAAACUUGUUCCAACCAUUGGUUGCAGCUGUAAUUUCAGCUGCAAUUGCCAUUAGAUCGUAUAGGAGGAAGUCACUUGACCUCUCUGGAGCCAUUGCCGGCUUCGUUGUCAUGACCAUACACAUUGCUGUGAAUUACAGGUUUGGAGCUGCUCUGCUUGUUUUCUUUUUCACCUCUUCCAUGUUUACAAAAUUUGGAGAGGAAAAAAAGAGACAAGUUGAUGCUGAUUAUAAAGAGGGUGGUCAACGCAAUUGGAUACAAGUUCUGUUUAAUAGUGGCAUUGCAACAAUUCUGGUUUUGAUUGCCUGGAAACUAAUGGGUUCUAAAGAUUAUUGUUUAGAUUCAAAAGAAUCAGGUCCAGUAACUGCCCUAAUUGGUGGCAUUCUUGGUCACUACUGUUGCUGCAACGGAGACACAUGGUCUUCCGAACUUGGAGUUCUCAGCCAGGACCAGCCACGGUUAAUUACAACUCUCAAGCCAGUUCGAAAGGGCACAAAUGGCGGCGUGACAAAGGCAGGACUUCUAGCUGCUGCAGCCGGAGGCAGCGUGAUCGGUCUGGCAUUAUUUAUCUCGGGUUUACUCACCUCCAACUGCCCUUUCAACGUAACUCUGAAACAGCUACUUCUAAUUCCAGUCUCCGCCAUUGCUGGAUUAUGUGGAAGCCUCGUAGAUUCAGUACUCGGCGCAACCCUCCAGUACAGCGGCUUCUGCACCGUCCGCAAUAAGGUUGUCGGAAAACCAGGGCCGACUGUGAAGAAGAUAUCGGGGCUGCGCAUACUCGACAACAAUGCAGUCAACCUUGUCUCUAUAUCGCUGACGACGGCGCUAACUGCCUUCGCUUGCUUGUUCAUUUUCUGAGACCAUAUCCAAGUAUAUCACUUUCCCAAUCAUCAUUGUCUUAUUAAUUAUGUGGCCUUUUAGAACAUAUGUGCUUUGCUGCGUCGAACCGUUUUGUAAGAAAUGAAAUUAUUCAAGUCGGGUUGACUAAUAAGGGUAUUUCACUGAA